AAAAAAAGAAGGAAAAAGAAAAAGAAAAGAAAUUUAAUCACUGGGUUAUUAUAAAAUGAAGUUUUAAUGUAAAACAUGGUCGCAAUGAAACAAAAUGUCAAUCAAAUAGAUUAUUGCAUUGAUGGACAUAACAUCUUCGAUAAUCAAUUUACUCAUACUGUUGAGAAAUUGUAUAAAAAUCUAUUUUUACAUCGGUCAAAUAUGUCGUCAGUUAGUGUACAAUACAAUUUAUAUAUAUAUACAUAUAUAUGACUUUUAAUGAAAUCAGUAAUAUCAUCAUCAUCAUCUAAAGUAUCAUCAUCAUCGUCAUGCAAAGCAUCAUCAUCAUCCAAAGCAUCAUCAUCAUCAUCAUCAUCAUCAUCAUCAUCCAAAGCAUCAUCAUCAUCGUCAUCCAAAGCAUCAUCAUCAUCGUCAUCCAAAGCAUCAUCAUCAUCAUCAUCCAAAGCAUCAUCAUCAUCAUCCAAAGCAUCAUCAUCAUCAUCAUCAUCAUCAUCAUCAUCCAAAGCAUCAUCAUCAUCGUCAUCCAAAGCAUCAUCAUCAUCGUCAUCCAAAGCAUCAUCAUCAUCAAAUAUGUGCUUACCAUGUACGAUUCUAGUUUAUUGUAGACGUAAGAAAUAUUGGUUUUCUGCCUUAUAUGUAGCACUUAUACGUGUUAUUAUUUCAAAAUCAAUAUUAAUGAUGAUUGAUUGUUAA